CCAUCCCUUCUCAGUUCUCAGUUCUCAGUUCUCCACUUCGCCCUGCUCUGCACCGCCACCACCGUCGAACCAGCAACCCCGCCACGACGAUCGCCGACACAGCGACCGCCGAGGCGCCAACACAGUGACACAACGACCGCCACCGCCGCCGAAACAGUUUGAUAGGUUUGAUGGAGAUUGGAUGUGGCAUACCAAAUGGCCUUCAUGGAGUUGAGAAUUUUGAGGAUGGCAAAGACAUUAAGAUGUCUGAGCUUGAGGAGGGAGAAUUGGUCGAGAUGAUUUCUAAGACUGAAUUGGGAGAAAAUAGUGCUAUAGUUUCCAAGAUAGAAUCACAAGAAACUAGGGCUGGAACUGAGAACUUAGUUAAUAAAGACUCUGGGAGUAAGAAUCAGAACCGUAGGAAGAAUAGGAAGAAGAAGAAGAAGAACAAAGGAAAUAAAGGCACUCCAGGUCCAAAUAUUACAGAUAUCAACAGGUUUGUUACAAAUGUGUGUAAACGCUUGAGAGAAAAAAAAUCUUAUUUGGUGUGGAACGCUGUGGCAUGUCUUGGUGUAUCAGCUCUCAGUGAUCUUGUCAAAGAGGUGGAGGCAAUUCAGGCUUGUGGUGGACAGAAGACUGCUGAUGGCCGGCGCUUUAGAAUAGGUGGUGGUAUAUUGUGGAACAUCAUCAAAGCGCGUGAGCCCAAUGCUUACAAAGAGAUAAUGAAAAGGGGAAAGGAGUUUGAGAAGCAGCUCAAGCAAGUUCCUAAAACACCCCUGAUCAAGCAAGAAGCUAAAGACGCUACUUCCCAGAAUACCCCUGGCACAGUGACAGAUAAACGGGUAGCCAUUGCUUCAGAUGGUUCAAGUCUUCCAUCUAAUAUGAUGUGCGAUUCUCAGGAACAGUCGACUAGUGGACCAGAACGGCAGUCUGUUUAUAAUAGAAUACGGAUGCCAGUCUCAUAUGAUGAUCUGUUUGAAGAAGAUGUACAACAGAAUGCUCUAUAAUUUGCUAUUGAACUAUGGACCUUCACAGAUUCAAUUUUGUUUACAUUUGUGUUCAAUUCUUUAAAGUGCAUUUUCACUAUA